GGGGAGGAGAGGCGGCGGCGACGGCGGUGGCGUCCGAGCUACGCCACACGGGGCCGGGGCGCCGGGAGCCGGAGAGCAGCGCGGGGUCGUGGUGGCGGCGGCGGCGGUGAGGGGAGCGCGGCGGAGGAGGCGGAGCCAUGGCGGGCCAGCAGUUCCAGUACGAUGACAGCGGGAACACCUUCUUCUACUUCCUCACCUCCUUCGUGGGGCUCAUCGUGAUCCCCGCCACCUACUACCUCUGGCCGCGAGACCAGAAUGCGGAACAAAUUCGAUUAAAGAAUAUCAGAAAAGUCUAUGGAAGAUGUAUGUGGUAUCGUUUACGGUUAUUAAAACCCCAGCCAAAUAUUAUUCCUACAGUAAAGAAAAUAGUUCUGCUUGCAGGAUGGGCAUUGUUCUUAUUCCUUGCAUACAAAGUUUCCAAAACAGACCGAGAAUAUCAGGAGUACAAUCCUUAUGAAGUAUUAAAUUUGGAUCCUGGAGCAACAGUAGCAGAAAUUAAGAAACAAUAUCGCUUAUUGUCACUUAAAUAUCAUCCAGAUAAAGGAGGUGAUGAAGUUAUGUUCAUGAGGAUAGCAAAAGCUUAUGCAGCUUUAACAGAUGAAGAGUCUCGGAAAAAUUGGGAAGAAUUUGGAAAUCCAGAUGGGCCUCAAGCUACAAGCUUUGGAAUUGCCUUACCAGCUUGGAUAGUUGACCAGAAAAAUUCAAUUCUGGUUUUACUUGUGUAUGGAUUGGCAUUUAUGGUUAUCCUUCCUGUUGUGGUGGGCUCUUGGUGGUAUCGGUCAAUACGAUAUAGUGGAGACCAGAUUCUAAUACGUACAACUCAGAUUUAUACAUACUUUGUUUAUAAAACUCGAAAUAUGGAUAUGAAACGUCUCAUCAUGGUUUUAUCUGGAGCAUCUGAAUUUGAUCCUCAAUAUAAUAAAGAUGCCACAAGCAGGCCAACAGAUAAUAUUUUAAUACCACAGCUAAUCAGAGAAAUUGGGAGCAUAAAUUUAAAGAAGAAUGAGCCUCCACUUACCUGUCCAUAUAGCCUUAAGGCCAGAGUUCUUUUACUGUCUCAUCUUGCUAGAAUGAAAAUUCCUGAGACCCUGGAAGAAGAUCAACAGUUCAUGCUGAAAAAAUGUCCUGCUCUGCUUCAAGAAAUGGUUAAUGUAAUCUGCCAGCUAAUAAUAAUGGCCAGGAGCCGUGAAGAAAGGGAGUUUCGUGCUCCAACUUUGGCAUCCUUAGAAAACUGUAUGAAGCUUUCACAGAUGGCUGUCCAAGGCCUCCAGCAGUUUAAGUCUCCCCUUCUGCAGCUCCCUCAUAUUGAGGAGGACAACCUUAGGAGAGUUUCGAACCAUAAAAAGUACAAAAUUAAAACUAUCCAGGAUUUGGUCAGUUUAAAAGAAUCAGAUCGUCAUAGUCUGCUGCACUUCCUUGAAGAUGACAAAUAUGAAGAGGUCAUGGCAGUCCUUGGGAGUUUUCCAUAUGUGACCAUGGACAUAAAGUCACAGGUAUUGGAUGAUGAAGAUAGCAACAACAUCACAGUAGGAUCCCUAGUUACAGUGUUGGUUAAAUUGACAAGGCAGACAAUGGCUGAAGUAUUUGAAAAGGAGCAGUCCAUCUUUGCUGCUGAGGAACAGCCUGCAGAAGACGGGCAGAUUGAUGCCAACAAGAACAAGGCAAAAGGAGGAUGGCAGCAGAAGAGCAAAGGACCCAAAAAAAUGCCCAAGUCCAAAAAAAAGAAGCCUUUAAAAAAAAAGCCCACAGCUGUACCCUUACCUCAGGCAAAACAACAGAAGCAGAAGCAGGCAAAUGGAGUUGUUGGGAGUGAACUUGCAGUAAAGGAGGAUGAAGACGACAUUUCCGAGAAAGGCAGUGACUCUGAAGAGGAGGAAACCAAUAGAGAGUCCCAGAGUGAAAAAGAUGACGGCAGUGACAGAGACUCAGAUAGAGAGCAAGAUGAAAGACAGAACAAAGAUGAUGAAGCAGAGUGGCAAGAGUUACAACAAAGCAUACAGAGAAAAGAGAGAGCUCUUCUGGAAACCAAGUCCAAGAUAACACAUCCUGUGUAUAGCCUUUACUUCCCUGAGGAAAAACAAGAGUGGUGGUGGCUUUAUAUUGCGGAUAGGAAAGAACAAACAUUAAUAUCCAUGCCAUAUCAUGUAUGUACACUGAAGGAUACAGAGGAGGUAGAACUAAAGUUUCCUGCACCAGGCAAGCCUGGAAAUUAUCAGUAUACAGUGUUUCUGAGAUCAGACUCCUAUAUGGGUUUGGAUCAGAUUAAACCACUGAAGUUGGAAGUUCAUGAAGCCAAGCCUGUGCCAGAAAACCAUCCCCAGUGGGAUACAGCAAUAGAAGGUGACGAAGACCAGGAAGACAGUGAGGGAUUUGAAGAUAGCUUUGAGGAAGAAGAGGAAGAAGAGGAAGGUGAUGACUAAACACUGUAUGCGUGGACCACAGCAUUUGCACAUAUUUGCAAACAUCUGCUGCUUUGUAAAUUACAGUAAAGCAGAAGCAGUGUGAACUGAUGUGGAGGGAAGUGUUGGCAUCUUUACUAGAAAUGGAUACGUAAAAUAGGCGCUUGGUGAUGCCGUGAUACAUCUGAAAGGGGGUUAUUUAAAGCCUUUCAGGUAUGGGGUGGUGCAUUUAUAUCAUCUGAAAAUGAUAAUAAAUCCUUUGUUUUACAACUGUC